GUCGCGUCCAGCCACUUCCACUAGAAGCUCUGCCCACGGCGAAAAGCCCAGAUCCAACACAACACAACAUCACCUGCGUGCUACUGACCGACCUCCAUGACACUUCUUACCGUUGUCUAAAUCUGCUGCCUUCUGCUCGAAACAUCCUUUGCGCAUCAUUUCUCUUGGGUGCGGUGCCUUCCUUGAUUUUUCUACGUGUCCAUCUCUUCUUCCUCCGUCACAUAACAUUAACUAGAAAGGAUUAUUUGCCUGUCGCGCCUUCGAAGUCAGCUGGGACUUCACCUCCUCCUCGGCGCGUCGUCCUUUUCGCCUCUGGCUAUCACUGUCCUGGCCACCCACCAGGACAGCGCACGUUCGUUUUAAGACGUUUGACUACGUUCCUUUAUCUAUCUACGAUUCCUCAAUAAAACCCAUGGCGUCGGCCGAAACGGCAUCCGAAUCCUAUCAUUCUACCUUGCCAUUGACCCCUUGCGAUUCCGAGAACGAACGAAGCAGCGAAGCCGCGCCCAUGGCUGGUCGAAAGCGAAGCGCCAGUGAAAUGGAAGAGCCCAAGCGAGCGCCCAAGUCAACACGCAAUGGGCCAGAGACAAUCGAACCCGAAGCAACGCCCGACUUUACCCUCGAGUGCCCUGCGCGUCCAAGGACGGCUAAGCAGUUGGCCAACGAUGAUUUGUAUAUUGAAACUGACGCCCCGAGCCUGGCGCCACACCUGACCAUUGAUUUUGCGGUGCGACCGGGGAAGAAAUGGUCCGAGUUGUCUCGAUUCAAGAACGCAAAAUUCAACAAUCCGGUAGUGGUCAUAUAUACCUCUGGCCAAGUCGUCUACGUCAACAGGCGAUUUCCCAUUCCUGAGUCUCCACCGUCCGACGCAACCGAAGAUGAAAGAUUACAAUAUGAUCAAGAAAACUUUUGGGUUGGACUGAUUUCCGAGUUUCGAGCGGAAAGCCCGGACAAGGUAUACGUCAAGGUGUACUGGCUAUACUGGCCUGACGAGCUCCCAGAAGGACGACAACCAUACCACGGAAAACGGGAGUUGGUUCUGAGCAACCAUGUGGACAUCAUCGACGCAUCGACAAUCGCGACUCACGCGGAGAUCAGUUUCUGGGAUGAGAAUGACGACUCCAACAAGAAUGUUCUUCAAGAACGAUAUUGGAGACAGACAUACGAUUUGAAAAAGGCAGCACGUGAUCCCAGAAAUGCGCUCAGCAAGCUCCGAAAGUUCUGCACCUGUGGUAAAUACGAUAACCCUAACGUGGAAAUGUAUCAAUGCCACAAGCCACAAGUAGGGUGUGGGCUCUGGAACCACCAGGAGUGCUUGAUCAAGGCGCUGGAAGAGCGAGCGUGGAACCAGUUUCUUACCGGAACUUUAACGCAUGAGCGAGAAGAAGAUCAGACACUGAGCCAAAAAGUCGGAGGUCUCAUCAAGCCUUUGGUAGAAUUAGCGGGAGGUUCCAAAGACGACAAGGCGCAACCAGCUGCUGAGGCGCGGAAAGGUGGCAAGCGAGCGAAACAGUCGGCCAAGGGACAAAAACCGUGGUUUGGAAAAUUAAAGGCCAAUAUCGAGACGGUGGAUGGAAACGUGUUCAAUGCCACAGUCACUCAGUUGGUCCCGACACCAGCGAGUGCCAUUGCCAAUGGCAAAGGCGGAAACCGAUUCGAACCCAAGGAGUGGAGAAUGAAGUUGAAUUGCUUGAGAUGCGGCGAGUCAUUGAACUGAACCUUGGAGCUGUUGGCCAACCCGACUCUUGUAAUUUACCAUAGUAUAUUGUUGCGGCGAGCAGAGAAUUUAUCAUCCAUGGCCAGAGUAGCUACCACGGAGCAGAUGACAGUUAUGUAACAAGAUGAAAUAAGGUGGAUAUUUUGCUGCGCGUCGUAGCGCCCGGUAAACGUGAGCCCCCGGGUGGUAGAUGCUUGAUAGGAAUGAGUCCUGAAUUUGGAAUGA